AUGCUUGGGGUCAACGACCCUCCUCUUUUGAUAAAAGACAUUAAGGCCAGACUGAAAAACUUAAAUGUCGUCUUUAUUGUCCUGGAGAUACAAGGCAUUACGGAAAUCAAAGAAGGUCAUGAAGUGAGAUCGUACAAAGUAGCUGAUAGAACAGGAAGCAUCACUAUUUCUGUAUGGGAUGAGAUCGGAGGGCUUAUACAGACAGGGGAUGUUAUUCUUUUGACCAGAGGGUAUGCAUCAAUGUGGAAAGGAUGCCUGACACUUUAUACUGGAAGAGACGGUGAACUUCAAAAAACUGGAGAAUUUUGUAUGGUGUAUUCAGAAGUGCCAAAUUUCAGUGAGCCAAACCCAGAUUAUAGAGGGCAGCAGAAAAGUGUACAAAAUGACAAGGAUAGAGUGAGCAUCGGUAUAUUUGGGCCAGUUGGAAAUGGUGGUCAGACUGGGCCAAAAUCAAGGGGAUAUCAUCUUCCAUAUACUGGUGGAAGCAGUGGCUGGGAACCCAUCAAUCAACAGCUUCCAGGAGCUCGUAGUAGUCAAACAGUCAUGACCACAAUAAGUAAUGCCAGGGAUCCGAGAAGAGCCUUUAAAAGAUGGCCUAAGCAAAAGAGACUCAUGUAG